CUCGUAUGAGGGCUUGGCAGCUCAUGAUAGUCUCGAUAAGUGUCUUCAAUAAAAUACUAACAAAAUAAGUAGGGUCGACGACUGCGGCAGCAAUGAAUCGAGCAAAGAGAAUCCUAGCUUCCCCACUGGCCAACUUCUUCUUUUCCGGCCAAUCCUUUCUAAGGCGCUCGAAUCAAUUUCAGGUGACUCAGUCCAUCCAUCUCUCUCCCUCCUAUUUAUCCAAAUCCCGCGCUCCCACGAAUAGAAUUCUCCACGCAAAUCAACAGCUCUUGUUCUCAAUGAGGCCCAAUUCAUUCAUAAAUGAGGUGCUGUCUAAUGAUUGGUCUGAUAAGUUGGAGAAGUCAAUGUCAGAAGGAUGUGGCUCUCAGUUCAGCCAUGAAGCUGUCAUGUAUGUGUUGAAAAGGCUCAGUAAGGACCCGCCAAAAGCUCGGAAGUUCUUUAAUUGGGUUGUGAAUAUAAGUGGGUUUGAACCAAAUUCUUCUGUUUAUAACUUGAUGCUUAGGAUUUACGCACAAAAGGAUUCAAUGAAGGAUUUUUGGGUAAUUAUAAGAGAAAUGAAAGAGAAGGGGAUUUGUAUCGAUGGAGAAACUUAUAAAUCCAUACAUUCCAGUUUUCGGAAAUCAAAGAUGGAUACCGACGCUGCAGCUUUGGAAAAGGCUUACAAGCUAACAGUGAAAGAAAAUGCUACUUGUGACUCGGUGAAUGAGGUGGUUGCAGUGAUUAAUCAGUCAGAUUGGGGGUAUGAGGUGGAGAAAGAACUGGUGGCUAAAAAGUUGUUACUUUCUGAUGAUUUUAUACUUAGAGUUCUAAAGGAACUUAGAGAUGCACGGUGUCCUCUAAAGGCUGUCAAGUUUUUCAAUUGGGUAGAUGAAGGUCUUGGCUAUGAGCACAACAGCAUUACUUAUAAUGGGAUUCUUAGGGUUCUUCCCCGAGAAGAAUCUGUUGAAGAGUUCUGGAGUAUGCUGGAGAAGGUGAAGACCGCGGGCUAUUGUAUGGAUCUUGAUACAUAUAUAAAGGUCUCGAGGUAUUUUCAAAAAACUCGAAGAUUUAAAGAUGCCAUAGAACUUUAUGAGCAUAUGAUGGAUAGCCCUUAUAAGCCUUCAACUGGUGAAUUUACAAUACUUUUGCGAAGCAUUGCAACUCGGAUUCCUUCAGAUAUUGAUAUGCUAUUCAGGGUUGUGAAAAAAUUUGAGGAGUCUGGGAAUUCAUUGACAAAGGCAAUUUAUGAUGUGAUUCAUAGGUCCAUGACUAGCCUUGGGAAAUUUGAUGAAGCAGAAAAGAUUAUGGAAGCCAUGAGAAGUGCAGGGUAUGAACCUGACAACAUCACUUACAGCCAGCUAAUUCAUGGACUUUGUAAAGCAGGAAGAAUGGAGGAAGCGUCUAUGGUAAUAGAUACAAUGGAAGGACUAGGAUGCAAUCCUGAUAUCAAGACUUGGACUAUUUUGAUCCAAGGUCACUGUAAAGCUAAUGCAGUAGACAAAGCAUUGCUUUGUCUUGCUAAGAUGGUGGAGAAAAAUGUUGAUGCAGAUGGUGAUCUGUUGGAUGUAUUAAUAAACGGUUUUCUCGAUCAGGGAAAAUUAGUAGGUGCAUAUGAAUUGCUAAAAGAGAUGGUGGCUAAGGCUCACGUGCGACCAUGGCAAACAACGUACAAGAAUCUGAUUCAUAAGCUGUUGGGAGAAAUGAAACUGGAAGAAGCUUUGGAUCUACUUUGCGGGAUGAAGAAAAUCAAUUAUCCGCCUUUUGUAGAACCUUUUUAUAAAUACAUUUCCAAGCUAGGGACAGUGGAGGAUGCAAUGGAGUUUCUGAAGGCCAUUAGUAAGGGAUAUCCUUCUGCCGCAGCAUACCAGCACAUUUUUGAAUCAUUCUUUGAGGAGGGCAGGCUGUACGAGGCAAAAGAUCUUCUCUAUAAGUGCCCGCACCAUAUCCGUAAACACCCUAAGAUCUGCAGCCUCUUUGGUUCGGCAAACAACUGCAGUUGAAGACUGACUACUCCUUCAAGUCAAGACCAGCUUCUUGGAUGGAGUAAAUAUUCCGAUCAGCUAUGCAUUAUAAAUUUAAAACACACUGGGCUAAUUGCAUGUUUGUCCAAAGGUCUUCUUGCAUAGUAGAAUGAAGUUUGUCUAAGGCCUUACUAUUGGUACAUGGCACGCCACAAAUCAAUUCUACGUUGUUGUGCACCCAUAGACCAUAGUCAUGUCAAUUAAUGACAUCGAUGGAUCACGUGUGGUGUUAAUACAUGGCUCAUAUACAAUGAUUGGUCUAUUAAUGACGUUGCAGACUGGCUCUACAUAGGAACCAUACUCCUUUUCCCGGCCUUCUUGUACUUGUGCUCAACUUAAUUCUUUUUAUUUUUUAAUUUUGGGUAACAAAUAUUUAUCAUUUUCAAAUCUGGCGAUUUAAUCGACCAUUUAAUUGUGUGAAAAAAAAAUACUUACAAAAUAAGUUUUAUGCAUGUUUUAUAAAAGAAGUAACCAAAUAAUUAAUUUUGUUUAAUAUAUUUUACAACAAUAAAAAUAAGAGGUAUGAUAAGAGAACAGAGGAGGAGGAUCUGGAUGGUUAUGAUAAUCCAAACAACACCCUAAGCUUCACUCAUCUUUGAAGGGCAUUUCAUAGUAUUUUUUUGCUAAUGAGAAAAUCAAUAAACCUAAGAUUUGUGAUUUACAAGACAACGAAAGAGUGAACUUUCUCCAAAAGGAUAAAAAGUUUUUAAAAUUGGGGAUUGCAAAAGAUCGAAUUUCUAAUCGAAUGACAAAAAUUAGGAUUUAAAUUCCAGAUCGAGAAGUAUAUAAAUGUAAAACUUGGUCAUUAACUCAUUAUAAAACCUGGUCAUGAAAACCUUCUACUUUUUUUAUUCAUGAUUUCUUUCAACAAGUUUUGUUGGAAGAACCUUGUUAACUUACAGAUCUUUUACUGUCAUGGAAGAAGCAUCCUUUUUGAAACAUUGGUGGACAUAUCAGCAGAAUGAGUCACUAUGGGCCAUGUUCAUUCAUUCAAGAAAUGCCAGACAAAGAGAUAGAGAUACAGGCCCAUAGACUCAUACAUUUGGAGGAGAAUAUGCGAAACACAUGAAGUUGGGAUGAAAAGGGUUUUGUGGAAUGAUGAAGGAAGACUGGUUUGGAAACUGGGCAUCUCAGAUGGUGGCUUGCUGCAAGUCGGCAUUCUCUUGAUGACCAAUAUAUUGGUAUUCUUCCUGGGGUUAUAGUAUGGUAUAUUUGGAAAGCUUACUAUAAAGCUUGAUGGGAGGAUAAAAUCUCAACGGUUUCUAAAGGAGGUAAGGGUCAUAUUGGUCCUCGAAAUUGCAUAAAAAGCGUCAAAUAAGUCCUUACUGUCCGGCCGUCGCCAUUUGGGGAGGUCUCCGGUGAAAUUUUUUGAUAAUUUUUUUUGAGCAUCUUACUAAUUAAGUCUAAUUUACUCAUACCAAAUUUCAGCUAAAACGUCAAUCGAGAAGGCAUUCAAAUAAAUGCUUGAAGGUAACUGCGCUUUUAACUGCAGAGUUAUCUUCAAGACAUCAUUUGAAUGCCUUCCCGAUUGAAGUUUUAGCUGAAAUUUGGAAUGAGUAAACUAGAUUUAAUGAAUAAGAUGCUCAAAAAAAUUCAUCAAAAAAUUCCACCGGGAACUGCCCAGAAUGGCGACGGCCGGACAGAGACUCCUAUAAAAGGACUUAUUUGAUCAUUUUUAUGCAACUUCGAGGACCAAUCAUACUCUUACCUCGUUUCUAAAGUUAUUGUGCAAAUUAUGAAACACAUGAGUUCAUGGCGCAUGGCAAUGAGUGAUAAAAAAUUGCAGGAGAGCAUAAUUUGGUUAAAGAAAAUGGGUUGCUUCCCCCCACUUUCCGAAGCUCUAUCAUUAUAGGUGACUCCCUUCGAAAUUUUCAACAUUAGCUUUACUUCAGGCUUUAAGAUGGUGUUCUUUAAAUGGCUCUAACGCUAUGGAAGUUGAGAUUUCAGAACAUUCUCUUUACUCUAUGGAAGUUGAGAUUUCAGAACAUUCUCUUUACUCUAUGGAAGUUGAGAUUUCAGAACAUUCUCCUUACUCGGCUAUUAGAGACAAAGACCAUCCUUGGAAAAGCAGGGGACAGAUAAUGCAAACUAAGGAGAUCAUAUUUCAGGAGGGACAUUUUUUGCUGAAGGUAAAAUCUGAAGCUAAUAAGUAGCAACUCAGUUGGCUCAAACUUCAGGAACUCCAAGCUACUGUUAGAGGUGCUAUUUUGUUAGAAAUGGUAUAACUUAUAGAGUAUUUGUAAUUCAUAGUUAUUUAAAAAAACAUUUUUUACUACGAAUGGGUCUUGUUUUAUUUAUCUUUUAAUUUUAUAAGAAUAGUUAAAUAGUAUCAUAUCAUAUUAUAUGUUGGAUGUAGUUUUUAGCUCCUAUUGAAUUGGUUGCCAAC